AUGGCUAAAACUGCACAGAACAAUCAUAAUGGGAGAGCAGGAGGAGCUCCUGAUGAGUUUCGCGCUUUGGGAAAAUUUCAGAGGAACAAUCCACCAACUUUCAAGGGUAGCCAUGACCCAGAGGGUGCACAGGAAUGGAUCAAAGUAACUGAGAAGAUCUUCCGAGUGAUGGCUUGCACAGAGGCUCAAAAGGUACAAUUUGGUACUCAUAUGUUGUCAGAAGAAGCUGAGGAUUGGUGGGAUAACACGCGUCAGAUAUUGGAAGCUAGUGGUACAGAGAUAACUUGGGUUGUGUUCAGAAAAGAAUUCUUGGAGAAGUAUUUCCCCGAGGACGUUCGUGGCAAAAAGGAGAUAGAGUUCCUUGAGCUAAAGCAAGGGAACAUGACUGUGGCAGAGUAUGCUGCGAAGUUUGAGGCACUAGUGAAGUUUUGUCCCCAUUACAACCGUGCCGAUGCUGAGACUUCAAAAUGUCUCAAGUUUGAGAAUGGGCUGAGACCAGAGAUCAAACAAGGCAUUGGAUACAAACAGAUUCGUAGGUAUGCUGAAUUGGUGAACAAGAGUAGAAUCUAUGAUGAGGAUAGUAGAGCCCGGUCUGCUUACUAUAAGAGUAUUAGUGAGAAGAAAGGGAAGGGACAAUUUAGAGGGAAACCUUAUGUAACUUCAGUUGACAAAGGGAAGCAGAAGGCUUCAGAUGGGAAGAAGACAAGUGGGGGAGGGGCUCCCGCUUCUGUCAAGUGCUUCAAGUGUGGCGGGUUGGGACACCGUGCUAAUGAAUGUAAUAAUAAGGUUAUGAGAUGUUACAAUUGUGGAAAAACGGGUCACCGUGUUGCAAAGUGCAAGAAUGAUGGUCCGACUUGUUAUAAUUGUGGUGAACAGGGCCAUAUCAAUACACAAUGUCAGAAGCCAAAGAAGACGGCCACUACUGCUGCCCAGACUAACGGUAGAGUGUUUACCUUGAGUGGUUCAGAGGUUCCCAAGACAGAUAACUUGAUCAAAGGUACUUGUUUCAUUAACAACAUUGAGUUAAUUGCUAUUAUUGAUACUGGUGCUACUCAUUCGUUUAUUUCUCUUGAGUGUGCUACGGGGUUGGGUUUAAAAUUAUCUCCUUUGGUUGGGAGUAUGGUUAUCGAUACCCGGCUAAUGGUUCGGUGA